AUGCUUCGUUCUCUCUCCCUCUUCGUGUCUGGCGGGACACGAAACUAUGCCUCUGGGUCAGCCAAACCAAAGCGGUUUCCCCAUGGCGGGAAAUACCCGCGCCCAAAGCCUCGCACUGCGGAGCGCCCUCCGUACCGGGCACCAGACCCACUGUUAAAUAACCCGAAUGCAGCAGUCACUGAGCUCACUAGCAAACUGACUUUCAUUCACCGACCACCCCCUACCGCGCCUUCUCCAUUAUCGCUGACGACAAAUCCUGUUUCUCCGCUACUCCGACCACCCACGACACCCAAGAACGAGGCACUGCCGCCAGCGGUGCGGAAAGCGGUAGAGAGGCCGAGAGCCUCUGAGGAGACGAUGGCGGAAAUAAAACGACUAAGGGGACUCGAUCCAGAGCGUUACACGUCGGGAGUCCUCGCUCGCAAGUUCAAUGUCACUCGUGGAUUCGUCCAAGCUAUUGCGGCGUUGAAGAAGAGCCAGAGGAAAAAGAAACGGGCUGCACAGGAAGCCAUAGCCGUGGCUGCGAGGGAAAAGUGGUCAGAGAAACACUCAAUGACAAUGGCCAUUCGGGCAAAGAGGAGGGAGUUGUGGUAG